AUGGGCAGAACGGUUAGAGGAAACAAGACAGUUACCAGGAGGGGUCCAACAGCUCUUCCACGCGAUCGCGGCACUGGAUUUGAAGAAUACUAUGCUGACCCGCCAGUGACGCCUCAGGAGGCCCGAGAUGAAAAGGAAACAGUCUACUCCCAGCGCAUCCAGUCAUGCAUCAAACGGUUUCGAGCUCGUCGGCGUCUCCGUGGCGACAUUUCUCGUUACUUCCUGGAAUACCUCUUUCUUGGCGGUGUCAACGCCCAGCCUCAGGCCUUCUCCGGUGGCAGAGUCGAUGAAGACGACGACGACGACGACGCCAUCAUAAUCCCCAACCGCUCCAGUUCCGGAGAUCGCACGGACAGAUUCUACGACGGUGACCGUGAGAACUGGUCCGUUGACUUUGCCGCCGUCACGGCCGGCUUCCUCACCGUCGUCGGCCCCGUGACGGGUUUCAGAGGCAUACACACUGCCGUUUCCGUAGUCGACAACUUCCUCCGCUACGUUUUGCACCAUGACGUCUGUCCCGAGUUUGCCCACGAUGUACGCAAGGCCAUUGCCGUGUGCGAGGAGGCCCGCCAGGAGUGGCCUCUGCUCGCUGCCAUGAGCUCUGCGCUUCCUGGAUCCUUCAAUCUAGCUGCAGCAUGUUCCUUUGGUGUGAAUGAGAUUGGUGACUGGUCCAUCCAAAGCCCAGAGCCAAGCUUCAUGUCUGGCGAUAAGCGCGAAGAGGCGGAGUUCACUUGGCUCGCUAUCCUGGCCUUGUCAAACGAGCCUGAGUUGUACGACCGCGCCUUCGACGCUAGACCGAAAUACCACAUCACGGAACAGAUGGACUGCACUGUCGAGAUAACCAGCAUCCGAAGGCCCCAUUCUGAAAUUGAAGGCAAGUUCAAGGACGCAAGUAUCAACGGUGAGCCCCUGAAGCCUCUGGGCAAGAUAGUCGUCAAACCCGCCCAUAUCGAAGAUGGGUGGGCAUACCAUGUCCGUACAAAGCUCCCACAUAACUGGGCCAAGACGUUGUUCUUUGAACAGCCCGUUCUCGACAACCUCCGAGUCGGCAACAAGAUGACGGUGACCUUGUGCGAUGUCAAGCUUCCCGGUGACGGUCCACCUUUGACCUUUGUCAAGACGAUCCACGAUAUUGUGCCCACCUUUUACACUUUCUUACCGCAGCAACUCAUGCGACACUUCAAGCCGCCCAAGGAGAUCGAGAAACAGGUCCAGGAUGAUCAGGAAGAGGAGAAGGGGCAAGGUGACAAGGAGGAUCGAAAACGGUAUAUGGAGUGA